CUGAAGUGCAGCAGUCUGCAAUCAACAGCUCUCAGGAAAUUGCACUGUAAAUGGCUCAGUGUUUCUGAGUGACAGAGUCAAUCAACUCUUGCAAAUUGGAAAGGGGGAAGCUCAUCACCAUCUGUGUUUGGCACUGUCCUCGGCUCCCCGUGGGUGUCAGGGUGAGCAUAAAAGAAUAUCUGCUGUCACUUUUUCUGCAGUUCAGUUGUGGCAUGUGUUCACCCCGCUCAGUGGACAUCUUCAGAUCGCAAACAGGCUGAGACCGAAAGCUCACACAUCAGUCUCCAGAAUCCCAGACAUGAAUUGGACACAGAUGGCUUCAAACUCCAGUGUAUUCCACAACUUAACAUCUGACCUUGCACUGGGCAUUGAAGAAACCUUGCUGAACAAUUCCUUGGAGAAUCCUAUCGGAAAGACUAACCUGACCUGCACCAUUGGUGGGAGGCAUAAUUACAUCUUCCUUAUGAUCCCAGUCAUAUACAGCAUCAUCUUUGCCGUGGGAGUUUUGGGGAACAGUAUGGUCGUCCUCGUAAUUUAUCGCUACCUGAAGCUGACAACCGUGGCGAACAUCUUUCUGCUGAACCUGGCCCUGGCGGACCUGAUCUUCGUCAUCACCUUGCCACUCUGGGUGGCUUACACAGCUCUGGAGUACGACUGGCCCUUUGGGAUCUUUCUGUGCAAGAUUGGUGCCACUGUUGUGCAGUUGAACAUGAAUGCCAGCGUCUUCCUGGUCACUUGCCUCAGUAUUGACCGUUACCUCGCCAUAGUGCACCCCAUGAAAUCGAGGACAAAGCGCACAUUAGUCCACGCGUGGGUGGUUUGCACAGUUGUGUGGAUCUUGGCUGUUUUAGUGAGCCUGCCCCCGAUGUUUCUCCGCAAAGUUUUUCACUACAAGGAGUGGAAUAAAACCAUCUGUGCUUUCUAUUACCCAGAGAAGCACAAGACUCAAUGGAUACUUGGCAUGGCCUUGCUGAAGACCCUUCUGGGUUUUUUAAUUCCCCUACUCAUUAUUUUGAUCUGUUACACUCUAAUUGUCAAGAGCCUGGUGCAGGCCUUUCAGAUUGAAAGAAGCAAGCCAGCAAACAAUGAGGCAUUUAAACUGAUUGUGGCUGUCGUGGUGUCUUUCAUUUUGUGUUGGCUUCCGUUCCAGAUUUUCACGUUCUUGGAUGUUCUUUCACGGUUGAAGAUUAUCGAACAUUGCCACAUCACUGAAAUAAUCGACACUUCCAUCCCCUUCACAAUCUGCGUGGCCUACUUCAACAGCUGCUUGAACCCCAUCCUCUACGGCCUGGUAGCACGAAACUUCAGAGGGAAAUUCUUCCUGCUUUUGAGGUGUGUGCCUCCCAAGAUCAGAUCCCACCCGAGCCUGUCGACCAAAAUGAGCUCACUAUCUUAUCGUACCAUUGAGCCACUGAGUGCAAUAACCAAGAAACCGGUGUCUUCAAGCCAGCUAUAGUUGCCAUCCACUGUUUUGGUGACAAGUUGGAACAGACUAACCAGGUUCGUAAAAAUCAAAGGUCCUAUCACCGGAAAUGAAAUUCUGCACUGCCGCCUAUUUCAGUGAUUAAUUUCGCAGUUACAAGGGAUCCCCUUGCUUCAAGGCUCUCGAACCUGCUGAGGCACAGGCUCCCAGUAGAGCCAGGUACUUAUCCUUUGAUCAAAGAAUCCAUCUGAAUGCAACAUCACAGCAAA